AUGAAUUCUGAAUCAAAAGCACAAGAAAUCUUUACUCAAUUUGCUACGGUUAAUGAAAAUGGUGAAAGAAUUUUAACAUUACCAGAUUUUAUUAAUAUUUUGCAACCUUUUAAAACUGAUAUACCAAAACCUGCAUUUUCGUUAUUAUAUUUAAUUGCUGAUGUUGAAAAGAAAGGUUUUAUUAAUGAAUCAAAUUGGAUUAAUUUUAUCAACACUUUAGUCUCAAAUGAUGGUGAAUAUAAAUUAUUGUAUAAAUUUUUAUCAAAUAAUGAUUCCAAUUCCCAAAUUUCUUAUAAUCAAUGUGUUGAAAUUUUAAAUAAAUUAAAUACAAGUAUUGAUCCAAAUUAUCAACAAAAAUUAAUUAAAUUAAAUUGGAUUUAUUUUCCCAAAUUUUUUGAACCAAAUGGUUCAAUUGAAUUUAAUGAUUUUAUUACAUUAAUUGAUUAUUUACCAAUUACGAAAUUAAUUGGAAAUUUUGAAAUUACUUCAAAUAAACUGAAAUAUGUUAAUGAAGAACAAUUUGUUAAUUUAUUAACAAGUACAUUAAAUCAUAAAUUACCAAAUAAAUUAAAAAAUAAUUUACAUAAUGUAACUGAUUUCUUUGGACCAAAUAAAAAACAAUUUACAUUAUCAAAUUUAUUAUUUAUUUAUGAUACCUUAAGUAAAGUAGAUUUAAUUAAUGAAGUUAUUGUAAAUACUCCACCAACUACAAAGGAUAAAGAUGAUAUUUUAAUUAAUAAACAAGAUUUAUAUAAUCAUUUAAAUGAUCCAAUAUUAAAAUCUGGUAAUUUUAAACCAAUUUCAAUGUUGGAAUUAGAUUUAUUAUUUCACCUAAUUAAUAAAUCAAAUGGUGAAACUAUAAAUAGAGCAGAAAUUAUAUCAUUUUUAAAUCCAAAUGUAAAUAAUAAUUAUGAACUUUUAAAUCCAAUUUUUAAUCAUCCAAAAUCAAAAUAUUUAUUAAAAGAAUCAAGUGAUAAUUUUAGUUUAUGGCCAAUUUAUGAUUCAUUAUAUUCAUUUUUUUUAGGAUCAAUUGCUGGUUGUAUUGGUGCAACUGCUGUGUAUCCAAUUGAUUUAGUUAAAACAAGAAUGCAAGCUCAAAAACAUAAAGCUUUAUAUGAUAAUUCAUUAGAUUGUUUUAAAAAAAUUUUAAGAGCUGAAGGUUUUAAAGGUUUAUAUUCAGGAUUAGGAGCUCAAUUAGUUGGUGUUGCGCCUGAAAAAGCUAUUAAAUUAACUGUUAAUGAUUUAGUUCGUAAAAUUGGAACUGAUGAACAUGGUAAAAUUACAAUGAGUUGGGAAAUUUUAGCUGGUAUGUCAGCUGGUGCUUGUCAAGUUAUUUUUACCAAUCCAUUAGAAAUUGUUAAAAUUAGAUUACAAAUGCAAGGUAAUACUAAGAAUUUAACAAAAUCUGGUGAAAUUCCAAUCAAACAUUUAACUGCUUCACAAAUUAUAAAACAAUUGGGAUUAAAAGGUUUAUAUAAAGGUGCAAGUGCAUGUUUAUUAAGAGAUGUGCCAUUUAGUGCAAUUUAUUUUCCAACUUAUGCCAAUUUGAAAAAAGUAAUGUUUGGAUUUGAUCCUUCAGAUCAAAACAGUGGUAAACAAAAAUUGAGUACAUGGCAAUUAUUAGUUUCUGGUGCUUUAGCAGGUGCACCAGCAGCUUUUUUUACAACACCAGCCGAUGUUAUUAAAACAAGAUUACAAGUUGCUGGUAAAAAGAAUGAUAUUAAAUAUAAAGGUAUUGUAGAUUGCGGUGCAUCAAUUUUAAAAAAUGAAGGUGUGUCAGCAUUUUUUAAAGGUUCAUUAGCAAGAGUUUUUAGAUCAUCUCCACAAUUUGGUUUUACAUUGGCUUCUUAUGAAUUAUUACAAAAUUUAUUCCCAUUACAUCCUCCAUUAACAAGAGAAUCAAAUUUUAAAGCUAUAUCGGGAUAUCCAGGUGUUUAUAAUUUAACAAAUGAUCAAGUUUAUAAUUCAAAAAAAGAUAGAGAAUUAUUAUUGAAUAAAUCAGAUAUUGUAACAGAGUCCACUAGUGAUCAAUUGAUUAGAUUACCAACUGAUUAUAUUUAUAAAUCUCAUGAUGCUAUAAAAUUAUUAUUGGAUAUUGACUAUAAAUUUGGUAAUUUUAAUUAUAAUUCAUAUUUAAAUUAUAUUCAAAAGAAGUAA